AUGCCUGAGUCCCUAGAGCCCUUAGGCCAGAUACACUCCCUUCGUCGCUCUCUCACCCUUCCCACCAAGUUAAACCCUCACGCGCAACGACGGUCGAGCGUCCCGAACACCCCCGAGAAUGUAAUCUUUUAUCAUCCGUCUGCGAAAAUUGUGCACUUUGCCCCCAGGGCGCUCGCCCCUAUUCCCUCUAGCUCAUCGCCAUCUGACUUCGACUACCCUGUUGACACUAUUGAAACACUCCCCUGGCGCUCCGCUACAGAGCGAACGGUCGCAACAGCGCCACUGAGAUUAGAGAAGGUCCAUGGCCUGACAGCGUUCCUCAAAUGCGGAAAUGUCGUUCAUGCAAUCCUGAAGAACUCCCAAUGUUGGUGUGUGGACGGGGUCUCGAAGUUUGUUUUGCGCAUUCGCCCUCUCACAUAUUAUCGCAUCGAAAUACCAUACGAAACAGAGGACGAUCAGAGUUUGGUCGCAGAUUUGAAAGUCGCGCUGCCAACAGUGCUUCGAUAUGAGGUUACACCAUGUCCUUUCAAACGCGCGUUUACUGUUGAACUUCCCAACGAUGUGAUGGCACCUCGGCGCAAGAGGGCUUGGCGGCCAAAGGACCAGCCCAAACACCACAAAGAUAGUGUACCCACUAUCUUCGAGUCUUCGCAAGAAACGCCGUCACCUUCCUCGAUCCGAUCGGAAUGGAUUGAUUCGGCGAGCACUGGAGACGACACCGAUGGUAACCUUACAGAUGACAGUGGAUUCAAUUCGCACAAGGCCAGUAGCACAAUUUUGGAGACCAUUCCCGAUGAUCAUGGAUCAUCCCCUAUUGAUACACUGGAGCCUCCCAGAGCACUUGAGCCUUCUAGACGCCCCGUGACUGAAACUCCGCAGACUUUCACCAGCUUACUUGCAAAAUUCGAGGCUACAUCGGCUUCAGAGGAUGAACUCAACUCCGAGUCUGAGCAAAAGGCCGAACAUCUGCCCAGUGUUGAAUUUAUUCCGCAAUUUGGUAUUGAACCAGAGUUCUUGUCAGCCAAGGUUGAACCUGAAUCUCAAGUCGCACGGGAAGCUGAGGCCGGGCCUGAAUCAGCGUCUGUUCUAGAAGCAAACCCUUCACUUGCGGCGGAACCGGAGGCUGGGCAUGAAUCCAGCGUCGCGGAAAUCCCCACCCACCCUGAAGAUCUUAAGCCUGAAAGUGUCUUGCAUGUUGAAUCCACAGUCGAGCCUGAAGCUGUUAUGGCAGUGAAACCAACAAUGGCAGUCGAAAUCCAAACGGCCGCUGAAGACACCCAGGAUGUGGAUGGCGAUGCUUCAUUAGCCUCCAGCCCUGAGUCAUUCCAUUCAGUGGAGCCUGCUUCGCCAGAUUCAGUCUCCACCCGUCCUACAUCCGCGGGAGGUCAUGACCCCUCAGAGCCAAGCGAUAUGUUUGAUUGGCCAAGUGCGAAGGAUUCAGUCUCCAACCUAGAAUUUGCGGACUCGAGUCCAUCCAAGAAAUCACAGUCUCUAGUGAGCAAAAGCUUGCCAAAUGAUGGACCGAAUGACAACGCACUAUCUGCACAGUGUUCACUCGACCACCCAAUCAAAACCAAUUCCCCAAAGCGCUUUCCCGUUGCAUUUUCAGACACCGAGAUGUCAGACACCUUCCGCUCGCGGCCUGCCACUCGUGCCGCUCAGAACCCUGCUCCUAAUACCAAUUUCGAUCACAUGAGUGUCGAGUUCCGCCGUCGGGCCAUGGCCACAAGAGAACGCGAUGUCUCGCCUAUGCCUCCCUCCUCGGCCUUAUACCGACCAUCACACGGUGACGAUGCCACAUCAUUCCUUUCUAAGGCUCUCACUCUAGUCUUGGUCCCGCCUGUUCACCUUUUUAUUAUCCUUAUUCACAUUGCCGCGCGCAUUGUCAUCAAUCCCAAUACCAACACCACUCCGCGUGAACCCAUAACUAAUAUUCGGCAAACUGGCAACGAGUCACCUCCAGUGGAUGAUUUCAGUUUCCCGUUGGAGCCUCAAGUAUCCUCGGAGUCCGAGAUUGCUGAGAUCACCCGGAAACUGGACCCUUGGGAUUUGGACUAG